AUGAAGGUCUCCGCAGGGCUCCUCAGCCUGCUGCUCCUGGCAGCCACCUUCAGCCCCCAGGGCCUCGCUCAGCCAGCUGCUGUCCCCACCACCUGCUGCUUUGCUAUGGCCACCAGGAAGAUCUCCACUCAGCGACUAGAGAGCUACAGAAGGAUCACUGGCAGCAAAUGCCCCCAGAAAGCCGUGAUCUUCAAGACCAAAAUGGCCAAGGAGCUCUGUGCUGACCCCAAGGAGAAGUGGGUCCAGAAUGCCAUGAAGUACCUGGACCAAAAAUCCUCAACUCCAAAGCCAUAG